AUGAAGCUCUUCAAUGUUUGUAUUGCCUUGAUGGCAGCCACCAGCGUCUCUGCUCUUUCUACUGAAGAUUCUUCAUUCCUCGUUGCUAGAGCCAAUGAAGACCAACAGUCCAACGAGGCUUCCAAAGAAAUCUUAAAGGCGGUUACUGACGCUGCUAAGAAGCAAGCUGCUGAAAAGGGUAAAGAGUUUAUGGAUAAGAAGAAGGCUGAAAUGAAGGCCAAGGCUGAAGCUUCUCUUGAGGACUCGAAGAGAAUUGCCCAUGAGAUCUUUGAGAAGCUCAAGGUUCAUUCGUUGAUGAAGAUGAAGGAAAUCGCUGCCCACCUUUUGGAGCUUAUCAAGCAGAAGAUUGCCGAUGCUGUUGACCUUGGUAAGGCCAAGGCUGGUGAUCUCGUCGACACCAAGAAGGAUAUUGUUCAGGAUAUCGUUGACAAGAAGUUUGGCAACACCACUGAGAACCAGCUUGUUGCCAGAGAGUUUGACGACUUUAACCUUGAGGAGAGAGGACUUAUCGAUGAUGCCAUGGUGCAGAUUUUUGUUCUUCUUAAGCGUUCUGGCUUGAUCAACAGCGUUAUCAGACAAUCUUUGGUUGACGAGCAGGUGAGAUCUGGUGUUGCUAAGAUCACUAUUGAGUUGAUUGAAGCUGAUGUGAUUCCAUACACUGACGUCUUUGAAGCACUCAAGGACUCUGGCUUGGCUCUUGACGUGAUUAAGUUUUCGCUUACUGACCAGGAGACUCGUUCUGGGCUUAUUCAGCUUAUCAUUGAGCUUAUCCCAGAGUUGAUUCGUUCAGGUGUCUUGAACCCAUUUGACUACAUUGGCGGGCCUGGCAUGAAUGCUUACGCUGAGGGUGCUACAGUUAGUACUGUCGUUGCUCCUACGGCCACUGCUGCUGCUUAG